AUGGCCUCCAUCGCCCGCACCGUUGCCCGCCGUGGCUACGCCACCGCCUCGUCGGUCAAGGCGCCCGUUCAGCUCAACUCGCUGACCGGCACCUACGCGACCUCGGCUUACCUUGCGGCGCUCAAGAAGUCGUCCAAGGAGCUCGAGUCUCUCGCCAAGGACAUUGAGUCGUUCGGCCAGAAGCUCAAGACCGACGACAAGCUCGCCGCCCUCAUCCACAACCCCACCCUCUCGGCUUCGGAGCGCCAGGUCGCCCUCGACAAGGUUGUCCCCAAGUCGCAGCCCUACCUCUCCAACCUUCUCUCGAUCCUUUCGGAGAACGGCCGCCUCUCGUCCGCCGACAAGGUCUUUGCCGACUUCAACACCCUCAUGUCGGCGUACCGGGGAGAGCUCGAGGUCGUUGUCACUUCGGCCGAGGCCCUCGACUCCAAGACCAUGGCCCGUCUCGAGAAGGCCCUCAAGGGCUCGGCCCUCGCCGACGGCAAGACCCUCAAGUUUACCAACAAGGUCAACCCCUCGGUUCUUGGCGGUCUCCUUGUCGACAUUGGUGACAAGACCAUUGACGCCACCGCCGCUACCCGCGUCAACCGCUACAACGCCGCUCUUGCUCAGGGCGUGUAA